CUACACACACUGAUGGGUGACAUCACGGUGUUUACGUACAUUAUUUUUAUACAGUCUAUGGUUUAAACACACAAAAUACAUGAUUUAAGAAAACUGUCAACAUUUAGCACAUACUAUUGCAGUACAGCCGCCAGUGGAAGCAGGCCCAAGUGCAACGUUUCAGAUAGCCGGGAAGAAACAGAAAUAAUUUACCUGCAUUCAACCAAAACCAGUGUACUGAGUCCUGUAAAGCUGCUGAAAGUCAUCAAUACUCCCAGAGAGACGAAGAAGGAGAGCGAUGAAUGAAAGGCUGGAUGCAAUCAAUACUCUCCUGGCAGGGAGGUUGGAUGUCUUUACAGCUUUAUGGACUCCCUGGGUUGCUGGGAUUGACAGCAGACUGAGACAAACAGCUUGAUUGUGGGAUGAAAGGAGUAGCUGUGUGCGCUGAGAGGACUGGACCACUUCCCCUUUGGACCUGAAGAAUGCAGCACAACACAGCAGCGCGCAGUGGAGGACGGCUGGUGGAGAAGCUCGGCCAGUCUCUGGACAUAUUUAUCAGGCGGCGGCGGAGACCCGGAGCUGUGCGCCACAGACGAAAUGAUCCCGUUCAAAGACGAAGGAGACCCGCAGAAGGAGCAAAUCUUCGCCGAGCUCAGCCACUCGGAGGAAGAGGGAGACCUGGCGGACAUCAAGUCAUCUCUGGUCAACGAGUCGGAGAGCAGCCCCAACAGCAACAGCCACGAUGCAGCUAGACAGUCCCAAAUACCGCAAGAUUCAUAUCACGAAAAACACAGAGACCAUCCGGAUGAUGGAAAACAUCAAGACAUGUACAGUAAAGGCCAUCCGUACUCGGGUUAUCCAGGCUACAUCAUGAUGAGCAACAUGAACAACGACUCCUACAUGAACAAUGGCUCCCUCUCGCCGCCCAUGCCCAGAACGUCCAACAAAGUUCCCGUGGUGCAGCCGUCCCAUGCAGUCCACCCACUCACUCCGCUGAUCACGUACAGUGACGAGCACUUCGCUCCGGGAUCCCAUUCUGGCCAUCACCCCCAGGAUGCCAACAACAAACAAGCUCACGAUCUUCUGGAGUUUGCUCAGUUGCCAUGGAACGAAAGUCUAGAAAAAGCUAGAAUGCCGAGGCAUCAUCCCGGACCAGACAUGACCAACUUCUACUCCCUGUCUCCUGGAGGAGUGGGACAGAUCACGCCACCGCUCGGAUGGUUCUCACACCACAUGGUGCCAGGACCCCCAGGUCCUCACGCCACAGGAAUCCCCCACCCGGCCAUCGUCAACCCCCAGGUCAAACACGAGCCUCUGCAUGAAACAGACAUCAUGCACAUUUCCUACAGGAAACCCCAGCAUGAACAGAGAAAGGAGCAGGAGCCCAAAAGACCGCACAUCAAGAAGCCGCUAAACGCCUUCAUGCUCUACAUGAAAGAGAUGCGUGCCAACGUGGUCGCCGAGUGCACGCUGAAGGAGAGCGCUGCCAUCAACCAGAUCCUGGGACGAAGGUGGCAUGCUUUAUCUCGGGAAGAGCAAGCUAAGUAUUAUGAGUUAGCCCGCAAGGAACGGCAGCUCCACAUGCAGCUCUACCCAGGCUGGUCCGCUCGAGACAAUUAUGGAAAGAAGAAGAAGCGGAAGAGGGAGAAGAUGCAGGAAACGGCCACAGGUACAGGCCAGAGAAUGAAAACGGCGUACAUCUGAGAAAAUGGAGGAAAACGGACUAAUUUCUCCACAUGCAAAGCGAAGGCAGCAGCUACGGGCCCUCUGCUAGAGAUGGAGGCCUGUUAGAUUCCAUGAAGACCCUUAAAUCUCCAAACUGAAGCCUCCAGUUCUCAGAGGACCCCCCAACCCCCUCCCCCACCCCUCCCCCUCUCUCCUACCCCACAUAACCCUACUCCCUUUCCUUCAACAGUCACAUGCCACCACCACCACCACCACCACCACCACCACCAAAAACACUUCCCUGUUUGACUCUACUCCCUUCCUGAAGGCGACUGCUGUAGAGACACUGAACUGAACUGAACAAGACAAUCAUGACGAGUAGGAGCACCCUCACAAGACCACGUUCUCUCACCGAAAACCCAGAGCACAUCAAUUUGACGUCUGUGUUUUGUCAGUUUCUUUCCAAUCAGCUUUAAGGCACUGCACUGAAAAACAGCAGCAAUUUUGAUGUGCGCACAAACUUCUCCCCUGCACCGCCCAGACACUCCAAACACCUGUUUCUAAGUUAUUGUAAGUUAUUUGUCACCUCUGUUCCUUUUUGUAUAGUUCAUUAGGCCAACAUUCACUCCCUGAAACCCCCCCCCCCACCCUCCCUUUUCUCUCUCUCUCACUGGAUUUUUGAGACCAUUUGGGGUUUUGCCCGACCGACCAAACACCUCUUUUUAGACUGCACUAAGGAAGAUGGAGGGAUCUCAUCUUGUCUAAGAAACGUCCUCAAGACGCCAUUUUAGUUUGUUGAUGACCAGUUGGUGCAAAAAAGGAUCAACAUUAUGAUUUGCUUUUCAUUUUAGACUGAAUUUUAUUUUGAAUGCUUUUUUGUAUCUUGAACCCUUGUUUCAAUUUCUUGGUGUAUAUUUUAGUGAUUUUUUUUUUUUUUUUAAUAUUGUUUUUUUUUUAUAUAGUGGUAUAUAUGAAAAAUAAGCUUUGGACACAGGAAAGCCAUUUUUCUUGUUGAAGCGUCUUGCAGAAAAUUGAAACUUAAGGCUUCUUUUGAUAACUAUUUGUAACAAAUAGUGACCUCGAGUCUUGCUCAGAUGUAAAAUAAUGCUCAGUAUGUGUACUUUUUAAAACUGUCAGGAUAUGUCAAUUUUCUUGGUAUUUUUGCAGGCAACAUUAGGACAAAGGCGAGAGUGAUAGCUCAGAGGCCUAUAUUUUAUUGUUCUAAAACAUGACAAAUGAAGCAGAUAUAUAUAUUUACCCCAGCACUUGGCAGUCUUUCUUUUAUUGCAAUGGACCUUUUGUCUUUUCUCUCUGGUAGCUAAUAGUGUGGUCUUUACCCAUGUUGUUUAUUCCAUGCAAGCAUCUCUGUAAUAUUUUGAUUUUAAUGCUCUAUUUUAGUAUUACUUGAUGAAUUCCUCUUUUUUUUUUAUUCUCAUAUUUUGGGUCACUGUCAUCUUGGUGUAGCACUUUGCUUCCCAAGUGGUCAUAUUUGAACUGUUUCAACAUGUUUUUGUUUUGUUUUGUUUUUUUAAAGAAAAAUAAAAAGGCACCAUUGGCUCAUUUGAUCACUCGUGUGGUGGAAAGACCAGAGCUAGAAGUGCCAGAUGUAACA